AUGACCCGCUGGGAAGCGUACGAGUACUGCAAUGCAAUGGGAAGAAAGCUGGCACAACCUCGUAACCAAGCAGAAAACACCUUCUACGGUGCAUAUGGCCGCGACUUCUACCGACGAAUCCUCGAUGUGAACAUCGUCGGCAAUAAGACGAACAAACAGUUUGUGGAAAAGCAAAUCAAAGACACUAAAUUUUGGAUCGGCAUCAGCGACGAUGAGCUGGAGGGAUUCUGGCAGUACGACGACGGCAGCCCGGUCUCAGACCAGUUUUCCGCGUGGGCUGUUGCCCAGCCAGAUAACGGCGGAAACGGACUGGGCGCUAAACCGGAAAAUUGCGGAGUCAUCGAGCUGAGAGAGUACAACUGGAAUGAUGUCGAGUGCGAGGAGAAACUGCACUUCUUCUGCGCCUAA